GGUGAAUGAGGAAGCAGCAGAGCCAUUUUUCCUGUUGAGAAACUGCACACUGCUCUGAGUGCGCGAAGAGACGCAGCGAGAGAGGGAGAGGAAUAAAAGUCCUCCUCCGGGGAGUCUCUCCGGGGUCCUCGGCGGCCUCCGCGAACCUCCCGCCCGCCGCCGCCGCCUUUCGUUGAAGUUGGGGAGGCCCCUGAAGAGGACACAAUGGAGCGGAGAGCCUUUGGCAACUGGGCCGUUGUACUACUGAGAGGGGGAUGGGGUAGAGAGAAGACCGGUUCACACAGCUAACACAGCCUGCCGGCUGCAGGCUUCCGUGGCCUCUCCUGCGCUACUGAACCAGCUCUUCCCGUCUCCUGGGCUAUUUUUUUCCUGGAAUAGACGCCCCCGCCGCCACCCCCCGCUCCCAAAACUCCGCUUGGACUACGCAAUGGAUUUACUCAUCAUGUUCUGCGGGAUUUUAGGAUACGCGCCACAGCCUCGGGCUUAAAUCAGUGUUCUGGAUGACAGAAAAGGAAAGGGAAACUUUCCUAGUCAUCUUUUAACCCGUCUUUUUUUGGGAUUGUGUGUUGUUUCCGUGUCGCAGGGUUGAUUUUUAAAUGGAUUACAAGAUGCAUGCCAAGUCCAACGAUUUGCUGGAUUUCCAAAAACUGGAUGCCCUUCUGGAAAAGAUUGCACAUUCCGUCUCUGUGAAAAGAGAGUCCAGCGAGGAGUGCAAUGGGAUCAGUGGUGCUCUGUCAGUGGAGUCUGUGCCGGGGCCAAGAUUGAACUGGUGCACUGCCAACACCGCUCCCCCUGCCCUCGCUCCAGCCCCCGCGCCGGGGCCCGAGCCCAUGCCCAACCCAGUCAGAGUGGGGGACGGCCUGGACGCAGCGCAGAUGUCGGGCAGCAGCAGCAGCGGCGGCGGCGGCGGCGGCAGCCUGGGGCAGCCUCAGAUAGUUGGCAACCCCGCGCCCCCGGAAUACAUCAACCUCGACAGGCCCAAGCGCCAGACCAAUCAGCUGCAGUACCUGCUCAAGGUGGUCGUGAAGUCUCUGUGGAAGCACCAGUUCGCAUGGCCCUUUCAUUCACCAGUGGAUUCAGUCAAACUCAAUAUUCCCGACUACUACAAUAUAAUCAAAAGUCCUAUGGACAUGGGAACAAUCAAGAAAAGGCUUGAAAACAGCUACUACUUGAAUGCCCAAGAAUGUAUCCAAGACUUCAACAGGAUGUUUACCAACUGCUACAUGUACAAUAAGCCUUCGGACGACAUAGUCUUAAUGGCGAAGGCUCUCGAGAAGGCUUUCCUCCAAAAGGUCGCCGACAUGCCUCAGGAAGAGAUUGAGAUUGCGGUCAUGACGGGGAAAGGCCGCGGCCGAGGUCGGAGAGACGCCGGUCUCAGCUUGAAACCGGGAGCCAUAAUCGACCCCUCGUCAACGACUCCUCAAACGCGAGGCCUGUCGAGCCUCCCGGCGGCGCCUCAGAUGAGGGGACCGGCGCAGGGCCCGCCUUCACUACCUCCUCAGCCUUUAAUGCAGGCCCUCCCGUCCCACAUCGCCCCGACGUUACCGGGCCACGCGCCGCAGCUUGGCGCCCCCUACUCUUUGGGCCAAUUGGAUUGCACUCUUCAAGUUCCCAUGAUGACCUCCGUGCCUCCCCCCGCUCAGACCUCCCUUCCCCCAGCAUCCCUCCAGAGCGCUGCCCCCAUGCUGCAAAACCCUAUCACCAUGACCAAACAAAGAAAGAGCCAGAAAAGAAAGGCAGACACCACAACACCCACGGCUAACGACCAGCUCAGCGAGUCUUCCCCAGCCGAGUCCAAGUCGGGGAAGACCCUGCCCAGGCGGGAGAGCGCCCGCCCCUCCAAAAUGAUCAAGAAGGAGGCGGCGGACUCGCAGCAUCAAGUAGCGAUGGGCUCGGGACACGGCGGCCCAAGCAGCGGCCACAGCCCCGUCCCGCAAGAUCAGCUGGGGUACUGUUUGAGUCUGGUCAGGGAGAUGUUGUCCAAGAAACACACGACGUACGCUUGGCCCUUCUACAAGCCCGUGGACGUGGCCGCGCUGGGGCUGCACGAUUAUCACGACAUUAUCAAACAUCCCAUGGAUCUAAGCACCAUUAAGGCCAAGCUGGAGAACAGGCAAUACCGGGAUCCGCAGGAAUUUGCCGCCGAUGUGCGGUUAAUGUUUUCCAACUGCUACAAAUAUAACCCACCCGACCACGAGGUGGUGGCUAUGGCGCGCAAGCUGCAGGAUGUUUUUGAGAUGCGCUUCGCCAAGAUGCCCGACGAGCCAGAGGCCAAGGCCUUCGCGUCGGUCCCGGCUCCUCCGCUCCACCACCCCGCCCCGGUGAAACCCCAGCCUCCGAUGGCCCGCGUGGCCUCCUCCUCUGACAGCUCCAGCGACUCCUCCUCAGAGUCGGAAUCUUCGACCGACGACUCUGAGGAGGAGCGAGCUCAGCGGUUGGCGGAGCUCCAGGAACAGCUGAAGGCUGUCCACGAGCAGCUGGCUGCCCUUUCCCAGCCUCAAGCCAGCAAACCAAAGAGAAAAGAGAAGGAAAAGAAAGAGAAGAAGAAAGACAAACACAAGAAAAAAGUUGCCAUGCCCAGCCUUGGAGACGAGAUCCAGGAUACGACACCUGUUCCUCAGAUGUCCAAAAGGACCAAGACCAGUACAAAUAACAACAAAGAGCUUCCCAAGAAGAAAUCCAGUAAAAAAGAGGCGAUGAAAAACAACCAACCCCCAAGCCUUCCGCCGGUUCUCGGUCUGGAAGACGACCCGGCGGGUUCGUCGGCUCCGUCGGAAAAGUGCAAGCCCAUGACGUACGAAGAGAAGAGGCAACUGAGCCUAGACAUCAACAAGCUCCCCGGUGACAAACUGGGCCGCGUCGUCCACAUCAUCCAGUCGAGAGAGCCGUCGCUCAAGAACUCCAACCCCGACGAGAUCGAGAUCGACUUCGAAACGCUGAAGCCUUCCACCCUGCGAGAGCUGGAGCGAUACGUGUCCACGUGCCUUCGCAAGAAAAAAAAGGGGGGAGCUGAGAAGUCCGUGGAGUCCACGGUCACCGCCAAGAAGGCCGGGUCGUCUUCAGACAGCAGCGGCUCCAGUUCCGAUAGCGAAAGCGAGGCCCCAGGGAUGUCAAAAGCGCAAAAGAAGAAGGUCCAAUCUUUGAAGGAGGGGAAGAAGACUCAUCACCACGUGCAAGGCGCCCCCGCGCAGCCCGCGCUUCAUCCGCAAGCGGCAACAUUUCAGCCUCCGAUGAAGCAUCAGCAAGCCCCCCCUGUGGACUACAUGGUUCCUCCCGUGACCGCCCUGGAGUCUUCCCAGAUGCUGGAGAACAGCUUCGAGUCCUUGCCGUCCUUCGGCCAGCCCCUCAUGCAUCUUCCCCACCACGCGGGAAACUCCUCGUCGCCCGCGCCGCCUCAGUUCAGCGCCAACCCCGCUGGGCCGGUGUCCCCCGGGACGCACCCCUUCCUCAACCAACAUCCUAUUCUUCCCUCUCCGGCCUUGCACAGCUCCAUGCCUCAGCAACCGUCUCGACCCAGUCACAAGGCGGCGCCUCUUCAUCCCAAACUUUCCCAGCAGCAGCCAGCGCCUCCUCCCCAGCAGCAGCAGCAGCAGCAGCAGGCGGUGUUGCAGCAGCCGACUUUGCCGCCGCAGCCGCUCCAGCCCCAGCCGGCGCCUCCGCCGCAUCAGCUCCCCCCGCAGAUCCUUCACCCUCCUCAGCCCGUGCACCAGAGGCCCCUGUCGCCGCCGACGCUCACGCCGCAGGGCCUGCUGUCUUCCCAGCCUCCCCAGAUGCUGCUCGAGGACGACGACGACUCGAGCGCUGCCGUGCCCCUGAACCAAGUGCAAUUGUACCUGGAGCAGUUCCAACAAACCCGUCAGCCCCAACAGCCGAUGCAGUCGCUCCAGGCGCAGGCCCGUCAGCAGCAAGCGGGACAGGAGUCGCUGCUCCAGUCGGUCCAGGGCCAACCUCAGCUCAGCUCCCAAGCCGCGCUGCCCCCUCCCCAGCUCCCGCUUCAGGUGCAGGCCCCGGCGGUCCCGCCGCAUCAAGCCCCGCCCCAACAGAUCCCCCUCCACCAGAGCCGCCACCUGCCGCACGGCCAGCCCCAGCCGCAGCCUCAGCAGCAGCAGCUGAGCUACCAGCAGGUUUCCACGCUCAUCGCUCAGCCUCACAAGGUGGCCGAGCCCAGCAACAAAGCACAGCAGCUCAUCCAGCCCCCGGAAGAGCUGUCCCCCCGCCCCCCCAAGCCUGACCUUUUCAUCUCCGGUCACAUGAGGGACAACCCGUCGCCUCUCAUGAUGCAUUCCCCGCAACUUCCUCAGUACCCGCCCGUGUCCCAGAAGUCUCCGCCUCAUAAUAUGCAGCCCAAAAAGCAAAGGGCCUCCGGCAAUCCAGGAGGCCUCAAAGAGGAGAAACUUUCUCCCCCGCCAGCGAUGCGAGGGGAGCCUUUCAACCCCGCCGUGAGGCCGGAACAUCACAAGCAUCCCGACAGCAAGCCCGCUCAGCCAGGCCUCGGCCAACAGAAUGUGAAGUCUAUGGACGCCUCUCGGCCUGUCAUCCGCCCCCCCGAGCCCAGCGGACCGCCGCCCUCCCUGCAGGACAAGGACAAGUACAAGCAGGAGUCCAAGGCGCCCAUUGCCCCAAAAAAGGAUGUGAAACUGAAGAACAUGGGCUCGUGGGCCAGCCUGGCCCAGAAGUCCACGUCGACGCCGAUGUCCGCCGUCAAGUCGUCGAGCGACAGCUUCGAGCAGUUCCGCCGGGCCGCCCGCGAGAAGGAGGAGCGGGAGAAGGCCCUCAAGGCGCAGGCCGAGCAGGCGGAAAAAGACCGCGUGCGGCGGGAGCUGGACAAACUACGAGGUCGGGAUGACGACGACGUCCUGGAGACGAGCCGGCGGGUCCACGAGGAGCCGCGCCGACGUCCCGAGCAGCAGCAGCAGCACAUCCAAGUGCCCCCACAGCAGCCCGAGCCUCAGCCAGCUGUGAUCCAAACGCCGGCGCCGUCCCCGCAGCCGCCGCCGCCCCCGCAGCCCCCGACGCCGCCGCAGCCCGUCGCCGCCGUGCACAGCCCGCUCGACCAGCAGAGGGAGCUGGCACGCCGGCGGGAGCAGGAGAGGAGGCGGCGCGAAGCGAUGGCAGCAACGAUUGACAUGAAUUUCCAAAGUGACUUAAUGGCGAUCUUUGAAGAGAACAUCUUCUGAGGAGCCCACAAAGGACGAAGGGUGGAAACUAACUGCAAAAAAAAAAAAAAAAGACACAAAAAUCUUCCCACCUGCGAACGACCCCCCCCCGCCCCCCACACACACACGCGCACACAAACAAGCAAAAACUUUUUGACUAAAAUCGUGCGCCACAUCAUUAUCAUCGUCCUCUUGGGAAGUGAACGCCAUUUUGGCACUCUUUGCCUUUUUGUCGUCUCCA